AUGGUGGUCUCUGGCUAUGCAAUUGCACCCAAAGCCUCCACCAGGCCUAGGCACUCCCCUGGUUUUUCGUUGCCCAAAGCUGACUGCCUGUCUGUCUCUGUUCCCUCUCAGCUAGGCACGUUCAAGUCUCACGAUGGGGACUAUUUUGUAGAGCCGCUGCUAUCACUUGAAGAGCAGGAGUAUGAAGAAGAGCACAAUAAGCCACAUCUAGUCUACCGACACCGGACACCUCACACCAACUCUUCAGGGGACAGGCAGACUUGUGAUACUCCAGGUCAUGAAAAUAGUCACAAAAAGAGCAAGCGGAAACACUGGAGAAAACAGUGGGUAGAAAGCAGCAUAUUAUCCGACAUGGAGAUGUUAAAACAUGGCCUAGAAGUGAGUUCAUUUUCUACGGAGAGCAACAAGACUGGGAACAUCAGUGAAAAGAAGAGCCAUAGAAGGACAAAACGGUUUCUCUCCUACCCUCGGUUUGUCGAAGUGAUGGUGGUGGCUGAUAGCAGGAUGGUUGCCUACCAUGGAGCUAAUCUACAGCACUAUGUCUUAACGUUAAUGUCAAUAGUAGCUUCUAUCUACAAAGACCCAAGUAUUGGAAAUUUAAUUAAUAUUGUUAUUGUGAAAUUGGUCGUGAUACAUAACGAACAGGAUGGUCCUGCAAUAUCUUACAAUGCCCAGACAACGUUAAAAAACUUUUGCCAAUGGCAGCAAUCCCAGAACCACCCUGAAGGAAGUCACCUUCAGCAUGAUACAGCUGUGCUUGUUACCAGACAGGAUAUUUGUAGAGCGCACGACAAAUGUGAUACUCUGGGUCUGGCAGAGCUGGGCACAGUUUGUGAUCCAUACAGGAGCUGUUCAAUUAGUGAAGAUAACGGGCUGAGCACUGCUUUCACAAUAGCACAUGAACUUGGCCAUGUAUUUAACAUGCCACACGAUGACAAUCAUAAGUGCAAAGAAGAUGGAGGUAAAAAUCAACAGCAUGUCAUGGCACCAACACUGAACUUCUACACCAAUCCCUGGAUGUGGUCAAAAUGCAGUAGGAAAUACAUCACUGAAUUUCUAGACACUGGUUACGGGGAGUGUUUACUUGAUGAACCUUCAUCAAGAACUUACACAUUGCCUCAGCAGCUCCCGGGGCUGAUUUAUGAUGUCAAUAAACAAUGUGAGUUAAUUUUUGGACCUGGAUCUCAAGUGUGCCCGUAUAUGAUGCAGUGCCGGCGACUCUGGUGUAUUAACAUUGAUGGAGCACACAAGGGAUGUCGUACUCAACACACACCUUGGGCUGACGGGACUGAAUGUGAACCCGGAAAGCACUGCCGGUUCGGGAUGUGCGUCCCCAAGGAGCGAGAGGCGCCGGUGCUGGACGGCGCGUGGGGCACGUGGAGCCCUUUCGGCACCUGCUCGAGAACUUGCGGCGGGGGCAUAAAGACGGCGAUACGGGAGUGCAACAGGCCCGAGCCUAAAAAUGGUGGGAAAUACUGCGUGGGUCGGCGAAUGAAAUUUAAAUCGUGCAACACUGAACCAUGCUCGAAGCUGAAGAAGGACUUCCGGGAUGAGCAAUGCGCCGACUUCGACGGGAAGCAUUUUAACAUCAAUGGGCUGCCUACGAAUGUGCGCUGGGUUCCCAAAUACAGCGGAAUCCUGAUGAAGGAUCGGUGCAAGUUGUUCUGUCGAGUGGCAGGAAACACGGCGUAUUACCAGCUCCGGGACCGCGUCAUCGACGGGACUCCCUGUGGCCCCGACACAAACGACAUCUGCGUGCAGGGGCUUUGCCGGCAAGCUGGAUGUGAUCAUGUGCUGAAUUCAAAAGCAAGAAGAGAUAAAUGUGGCGUUUGUGGUGGGGAUAAUUCUUCGUGCAAAACUAUUGCGGGCACGUUUAACACGGUGCAUUAUGGCUAUAACAUUGUGGUCCGCAUCCCAGCUGGUGCAACAAACAUUGAUGUGCGUCAGCACAGUUACUCAGGGAAACCAGAGGAUGACAACUACCUGGCCUUAUCUAACAGUCAAGGAGACUUUAUAUUAAAUGGAGACUUUGUCGUCAGUAUGUUUAAAAGGGAAAUCAAAGUUGGGAAUGCUGUGAUCGAAUACAGCGGAUCGGAUAAUACUGUUGAAAGGAUUAAUUCUACAGAUCGGAUUGAGCAAGAAAUAACGCUUCAGGUUUUAUCAGUGGGCAAUUUGUACAAUCCUGACGUUCGUUAUACGUUUAAUAUCCCCAUUGAGGACAAACCUCAGCAGUUUUACUGGAAUGCGUAUGGCCCGUGGCAGCCGUGCAGUAAACUCUGCCAAGGAGAAAGAAAAAGGAAACCUGUGUGUACGAGAGAGUCGGAUCAGCUCACGGUGUCAGACCAAAGAUGUGAUCGGAUUCCCCAACCUGAUCCAAUAACUGAGCCUUGUAGCACAGAAUGUGAAUUAAGGUGGCACGUGGCGAGGAGGAGUGAGUGCACUGCCCAGUGCGGCCUGGGCUACCGCACCCUGGAGAUCUACUGCUCCAAAUACAACCGGCUGGAAGGAAAGACGGAGAAGGUCGACGACCGCUUCUGCAGCAGCCUGCCUAAGCCGAGCACGAGGGAGAAGUGCACGGGAGACUGCAACGUGGGAGGCUGGCGGUACUCGGCCUGGACCGAGUGCUCGAAAAGCUGCGGUGGGGGCACGCGGCGGCGGCGAGCUAUGUGUGUUAACACCUACAAUGACGUCCUGGAUGACAGUAAAUGCAGUCAGCAGGAGAAGCUGACGGUGCAGCGAUGCAGCGACUUCUUGUGCCCGCAAUGGAAAACUGGCGACUGGUCCGAGUGCCUGGUCACCUGUGGGAAAGGGCACAAACAUCGCCAGACCUGGUGCCAAUUCGGCGAAGAUCGGUUAAACGACAGGUUUUGCGAUCCCGAAACGAAGCCGGAGUCGGUGCAGAGCUGUCAGCAGCAGGAGUGUGCGUCGUGGCAAGUAGGACCGUGGGGGCAGUGCACGAUGACCUGUGGACAAGGCUACCAGAUGAGGGCAGUGAAGUGCGUGGUAGGCACCUAUGUGUCGGUGGUGGAUGAUAAUGAGUGCAAUGCUGCGACCAGGCCAACAGAUACCCAGGACUGCGAAAUAGCAGCGUGUCCUCCCCAUCCAAAUAGUCCCGAAGCCAAGAGAUCCCUAUCAGGCGUUCACAGGACGCAGUGGAGAUUUGGAUCCUGGACACCGUGCUCAGCAACGUGUGGAAAAGGUACCAGGAUGCGGUACGUCAGCUGUCGUGAUGACCAGGGCUCAGUGGCUGACGAGUCAGCUUGUUUCCCCCCCCCAAAGCCCCCAGCCACAGAAACGUGCACCGUGACACCAUGCGGGCAGUGGAAGGCCUUGGAGUGGAGCUCCUGCUCAGUGACUUGUGGUCAAGGUAAGGCAACGCGACAAGUGAUCUGCAUCAAUUACAGUGACCAGCUGGUGGACAGAAGCGAGUGCGAUCCGGAUGACCUGCCCGCCACCGAGCAAGACUGCUCCAUGUCUCCUUGUCAUCCAAACAGCCAUGACUACGGCAGUCCCAUCCACCCUUUCCUCUAUCCGGAUCAUCGGCUGAAGCUGCAGCCGGGAGGCAGCCCGAACCGAAACCGCGCACAUAUACCAGGAGGCAAUCAGUGGCGGAUUGGCCCCUGGGGUGCUUGCUCCAGUACGUGUGCGGGGGGCUUCCAGCGGCGGGUCGUGGUGUGCCAGGACGAAAACGGAUACACGGCAAACGACUGCGAUGAGAAAACCAAACCCAUGGAGCAGAGAUCGUGCGAAUCUGGCCCCUGUCCGCAGUGGGCUUAUGGCAACUGGGGAGAGUGCACAAAACCAUGCGGGGCAGGGACAAGAACGCGGCUGGUGGUAUGUCAGCGCCCUAAUGGAGAAAGGUUUACAGAUCUGAGCUGUGAAAUCCUUGACAAGCCACCGGACAGAGAGCAGUGCAAUAUGCAGGACUGUCCUAGAGAUGCUGCGUGGAGCGCUGGUCCUUGGAGCUCGUGUUCUGUCUCCUGUGGAAAGGGUCAAAAGCACCGAACUGUGUACUGUUUGUCAAAGGAGGGGAGGCAUGUAGAAGAAGAUUAUUGCAAGCACCUUGCUAAACCCAAUGUGCAAAAGAAAUGCAGAGGGGGCAGAUGUCCGAAGUGGAAAUCGGGAGAUUGGGGACAGUGCACGAAGACGUGUGGGGAUGCGGGGCGGCACCGCAAGGGGGUCUGCGUGGACGAGGAAAAGCGCUUCCUCUCCCCGCAGUGCUCCGUGACGUGCGGCAAGGGAUACCGGCAGCGCCUGGUGUCGUGCAGCGAGAUUUAUACUGGCAAGGACCACUAUGAGUAUGGGUACCAGAAUACGGUCAACUGUCCUGGCACGCAGCCACCCAACAUCCAACCUUGCUACCUUGGGGAAUGCCCCGUUUCAGCAUCCUGGCGCGUGGGCAACUGGGGAAGUUGCUCCGUAACCUGUGGGGUUGGAGUCAUGCACCGCUCAGUGCAGUGUUUAACCAACGAUGACCAGGCCAGCAGCUUGUGCCACGCGGAUCUGAAACCUGAGGAAAGGAGGACAUGUCACAACGUCCACGAUUGUGAAUUACCGAGAAGUUGCAAAGAUGUUAAAAAUCUCAAAGGUGUCACUGAAGAUGGUGAAUAUUUUCUUAAAGUCAAAGGAAAGACACUAAAGGUGUAUUGUUCUGGGAUGCAGACUGACAACCCAAAGGAGUACGUGACCCUUGUAAACGGGGACGCAGAGAAUUUUUCAGAAGUGUAUGGAUACAGGUUACAUAACCCGACUGAAUGUCCAUAUAACGGGAGCCGACGAGAAGACUGCCAGUGUAGGAAAGAUUACACAGCAGCUGGGUUUUCCACCUUCAGCAAAGUAAGGCUGGACCUGAACACUAUGCAAAUAAUAACGACUGAUUUACAGUUUGCACGGACGCAUGAUGGACGACCUGUGCCUUAUGCCACUGCUGGGGACUGCUACAGUGCCGCCAAAUGCCCACAGGGUCGCUUCAGUAUCGACCUUUAUGGAACGGGUCUGUCAUUAACAGGAACGGCAAAAUGGCUCUCACAAGGGAAUUACGCGGUGUCAGAAAUUCAGAAAUCCCCAGAUGGUACCAAAGUAGUAGGAAAAUGUGGCGGUUACUGUGGAAAAUGUACUCCAUCAUCUGGAACAGGCCUUGACGUUCGAGUGUUAUAGCAAUGGUUCUCUGCAAGCAGACAGCUGAGAUGAGCUGGAUGAAGGAUAGCGAUGCAAUACCUCUGCCUUCCACUUUUUUAAAUCUGUUUAUGUGUGUAUAUAGAUCGCAUAUUCUUAAUGUACAGUAUAAUAUUUAUGUUUGGAAUUAUUUAUUUUGAUUUAAUAUUUUUGUACGUAAAACCAUUAUAUUAAGGCUGCUUUUACUAUUUUUAUUUUUUAUUGUUAAAUCCUGCAGUCAAACCACUGCAUUUUACGUACUCUACAUUAUAUGUAGCAUUAUGACAAGUGAUACUUUAUUGUCACUGUAUUCAGUUGUUUACUUUCAAUCAGUAAUUUUCCUUCAGUUACGGGCUGCUCUGGCCCUUUACGGUGCUACACAAUCUGCAUAAGGGUAUUUUUGGCAUUUCAAUCUGUCUUUGUGUAAGGAAAACAGACAAGAUGUGCUUAAAUUUUAUUUUAGCGAUCAGGCCGACAGCACUCAAGGAAAACAUGACAAUGAAUACAGUGCUAGUUGCAUUAGCAAUCUUUAUCUUUUAGGUAUGUUUUGAAUUUCACAUGACCUCUGUGGCCAGUGCUAAAAGUCACUGGUUUGGUGCUAACAUGAUAUUUAUUAACGCUCUCUAGUUUUAGUUCCUUAAAUCCAGUGCCUUCAUCAGUGAAAAGAGGAAGAAAACAGAACAAAAAGUCAGCCAGUUCAAAUAAAUUGAGAUCAACCCCAGGUUUUGGGAAACUCUUGGAAAUGGAUGAUGAGCUUGAACGCCUCUUUUGUAGGGCUACGGAAUGAACUUUCUUUUCCAAAAAACAAAAAAACAACAAAAAAACACCCAUGCGUUUCUCCCCUAAUUGCAUGUGCCACCGCGCUUCCUGCCUCCAUCUGGAAGCGGGGGCACUAACUCAUCCGAGGCAGGCGGACGAGGCCAUAUGUCUCGCCGGGCUGCGCGCUGAGAAGCGCUGCCGCUUGGCGCGGCAGCUGUCA